UGUGCGUGAUUCGUUUAGUCCAGCCUGCAGCACAGCCCCCACCCGGCACCUACCGUCUGACAGACGGACUUCACCUCGGGUUUUCCUGCCGAUCCUUGGAAUUUCUCCUUCGAUAACCCCGAUUGGCCCGGCAGGAAGGUGUCACGUCUAUGGAGUUGGAAAAUAUCGUCGCCAAUACCGUUUACAUCAAGGCUAGAGAAGGUGGAGGAGGGAAACGAAAAGGGAAGAGUAAAAAAUGGAAACUGAUACUCAAAUUCCCCCACAUCACAGAGUGUGAAUAUCUACGAGACAAAAUCGAUUGCGACUACACGUCCAUCUGUGAGAAGCAGCCCAUUGGUCGGGAGCUGUUUCGCCAGUUCUGCAAGAAAGAUGACAAGCUAAACAGGUGUAUUUGUUUCCUGAACAAAGUGGAAGAGUUUGAGGUGACGACAGACGACAACAGAAAAGAUGCUGCCCAGAUCCUUAGCAAGUUCUUAGAGUCUGAGUCCCCGGACUACUUGGGAGACAUCAUCAGCUCAGAAACCAUAUCACAAUGUAGAGAAACUAUCCAGAGAUACACGCCGGAGGAGCAGGAGUCCUUACAGGAGGAGACACCUAGUAAAGAUGUAUUCAACCAAUGUAGAAGUGAAGUAUCAAAAUACCUCAGUGGAGAACCAUUUGAAAAUUUCCGGGAAGACAAAAUAUACUUUUCAAGAUUUCUACAGUGGAAAUAUUUGGAGAGGCAACCAGUAACAAAGAACACAUUCAGGCAAUAUCGGGUUUUGGGGAAGGGGGGGUUCGGGGAGGUGUGCGCUUGCCAAGUUCGGGCCACAGGUAAAAUGUAUGCCUGCAAGAAGCUGGAAAAGAAAAGGAUAAAGAAGAGAAAAGGAGAGGCCAUGGCCCUGAAUGAGAAAACCAUCCUGCAGAAGAUCAACAGCAGAUUUGUAGUGAGUUUAGCUUAUGCAUACGAGACCAAAGACGCUCUUUGUCUGGUGCUGACAAUCAUGAACGGAGGAGACUUGAAGUUCCACAUCCACAGCAUGAGCGACCAGCCGGGCUUUGCUGAGUCCCGGGCAGAGUUCUACGCUGCUGAGGUCUUAUGUGGACUGCAGCAUUUACACCAGGAGAGAAUAGUGUACAGGGACCUCAAACCUGAAAAUAUUCUUCUAGAUGACCAUGGACACGUUAGAAUAUCGGACCUUGGUCUGGCUGUGGAAAUUCCUGAGGGAGAGAUGAUCAGGGGUAGGGUGGGAACAGUAGGUUACAUGGCUCCAGAGGUAGUGAAGAAUGAGAAGUACAUGUUCUCUCCGGACUGGUGGGGACUCGGAUGUCUCAUCUAUGAGAUGAUAGAAGGAAAGGCUCCCUUCAGGGCAAGGAAAGAGAAGGUGAAGAGGGAAGAGGUGGACAGGAGAGUCAAAGAAGACACAGAAACGUACUCCGACAAGUUCAGCGAACACGCAAAGACCAUCUGCUCCGCACUUCUGCAGAAAGACCCAAAGUUGCGUCUUGGCUGUGUGGAGGAUGCCAUGGGAAGCCGUGCUGAUGAUAUCAAGGCCCACCCCUUCUUUAAACUCAACUUCAAGAGGUUAGAGGCCGGCAUGGUGAAACCCGAGUUUGAACCUGACCCGAGAGCCGUGUACGCCAAGGAUGUGCUGGACAUCGAGCAGUUCUCCACGGUGAAGGGAGUGAACCUGGACCAGGCUGACGAGUCCUUCUACAGCAAGUUCAACACUGGGAGUGUCUCCAUUCCAUGGCAACAAGAGAUGAUAGAAACAGAAUGUUAUCAAGAGCUGAACGUGUUUUUGGAAGAUGGUGAACCCACCCCUGACCUCAUAAUGGACCAGCCCCCUCCCCUCCAAGACGUGGUUUCUUCAGCAGAACAUUCAAACGACAGAUGUGCUGUGGCUCUGGUAACCACGACAACGACAACGAUGCUGCGAGGAUUUAGCCGAAGGGAAACACGAGACUGGCACGAGCACAUGAACAACACCGACAGCCAUUAGUCUCCACAGCUUUCCCAUGGUGCAUUUGGGCCCUACCCAUGAAAACUUGCUGCAAGCAGAGCAGUAGUUUACAGUAGUGUAUGAACUGUGCAUCUGGCAUUUAAUAUAUGCAGAUGGUGGCAAAGAGUGUUCUUUCUUGUAGGUUGGCAACAAAGGUAUUGUGCUGGCAUGACAGUUGUCUGUUAUGUACAAUGCUUGGUUAGAUGUACAGGAUAUGCAUUUACAGUCCAGAGAUCUAUGAAACGUUAUUCAAGUUAGGCUAUGAUUAAUACUACAGACAGAAUCAUACUUUUGAGAAAAGAUGCAUAGGUCAGGACACACAAAUUUUCCAUUCCAAAUUAUUGAGGCAAUAAAAUCCUUGUAUAUAUAAAAGCAGACCACCCCAACCCCUAAGAUAAGCCAUUCUGGUCACAUACCAAACCCAUAAUAUACCUAACAAACAGCAUACCCCGUUGAAAGAAAUUUUGCAGGUUCAAAAUUUCUGCUCAUUUUAUGACAAAAAUUGGGAAACUUACAAAGAAAUUUAAAUAAUAAUAAAAGCUAUUAUCAUUUCCAUAUUACACACCCUGCUGUUAAAGUACAGUGUAAUACUGGUAAGAGGAAUUCAUAACUCUUUAUUAAAAAAGACCCCCCCUUAAAGUUAUGACAAUUUUAGAACAACGUGAAUGUGAAAAAUGUGCAUUCGUCAUAUCACCUCUCACAUGGACAUGACAAAGCUCUGCUCCCCGUAAUAGUCCUUAAUGCUAGCUACAUGGACAUGUACAGUUAAGGACACAGGCAUGUAUUUAGUAAAAGGUACUCAUUAUAGUAGUGAGUAGUUUCCAAGUGAUUGUGCUCUUGUUUUGCAGUGGAUUAGGACAAAAUGUAAAGUCGACUAACUAAUCCGUGGUUAGGUAUGGUGGAUUCAGAAACAAGAAAAAGUGGAUGUGACCUGUGCACUAGUCUAGAAUCACAUUUACUGUUGCUUCAAAAAACAUCAGCAUUAUCCUUAGAGUGAGGCUUGUCAGUAAUUAAUAUAUUAGACAAGACUAGAUAUGUCAUGUUAAGUUGAAGACUUAGUGCAUGUUUGUAAAGGAGAGGGACAUCCCCAGAUUUUUUUUUCUUCUUUUUUAUCACAUCCUGAAUGUACCGGUAUAUGUCAGUAUAUGUCCAUGUUAACAUUAAGCCAAAGCCAAGCAAUUUCCAUUCAAAUUUUGAGAAAUGAAUUUUGGUCAGAUAUGACCAAAAUAUUGUAAUAAGGGGUGGAGAAGCAAGAGGAGUGGUGAUUAAUUCGUUAUUAAUUUCCUCAUAGCCAUGUGGACCAUAGAAUUAGAAUAGCACCUGGCAGAAUCAAGGGUUUCUAUAGCAUUAUGAUUGUGAAUUGUGCCAAUAAGAUUGUUAGAGACCAAACAGAAAUAUGACUGCUCAAAAUAUGAUUCCUGUACAUUUAGAACAAAGUACGGAUUUCUUCUUGAUCUAAUGGUGGUGCUCUAUAAAUUCAGGUAGUAAAGUUGUAAUCCGGGGACCAAAUUCUUUUUGAUUUACUAGUAUCACAUGCAUACAGUAGAGAAUGCUGUAUUCUUUCUCACAGUUGUUAGAAAAUUAAUGAUUGGUAGCUCUGCGGCAAUGUUUACAGAUGAUUUUCUUUCUCUUAGCUAAUGUCAGUUUUAAACAGAGCAUGCACCUGGCAAUGAAUUCCUGUGUGGCAGAUGGCUACAGGUUUUGUUCCUCGCAAAAAUUGUAACCUUUACAACCUUUACAGUCUUUCUUGACUGUUUAAUGUGUGAUCUUUUUCAACUGAGUCACUGCCAGGUGAAUCAACAAAUUGAACAGAAAGUUAGGAAACAUAGGAAGUAGGUUUUGCCAUGUCAAAACAGUUCAGAUUUGUUCUCUACUGGAUUGAUAUUCAUUCCUCUACAAUGUCCCUUUCCAAACUCUAUUGUACAAUUAUAGCAGGAUCUAGCUGCAGAAAGCUUUUACUUGAAAUAACACAUCCUACAACACAACCUUAAAUAUGAUUCGCCAGCCCAGAGUGUUAAUAGUACAUGUAGCCCGCUUGUCUUCAAAGCGUCUGUUCCCUUUCUCAUCAAUAACGUUAUGGAUGUGCCACAAGAUUCUGUUCUGGGGUUUAUGUCAAGCCAUUAUCUGAUUAUUAACUUGUGCAUUAGAGCUUGUCUGACAUGUGGAGUGAGGUGCUAUUGCAAGCCAUAUUGUAAUUUCCUCAGCAUCUUUAUUUAUUUAUUUUUUUCUUUCCAUUAAAGCUGAAUACAGAUAGCAUCAAAUUAGUCUUGAGGUCCUGCACACAUUGAAACUAGCUAGCAAGCAUACAAAAAAGUCUGCACAAGGGAUCUUGUCAAGAUUUCAUUUGACCAGCAUUGAAAUAAGAUCAGUUUGUUAAGCUACAUCUGAAUGAAACUUUUCAUAACAAAUUCACUAUAUAUGGACAUCUUUUGGCAUAUAGAUAUGUUCACAUUAAAGGGAAAUGAAGCACUAAUACUUGAUAAAGUAUCCCUCUACUUAAAAGGCAUUCUAAGCUUUUGUUUUUCAUGAUAAAUGAUGCAAAGAUUACCUAGCAGCAGUCAUCACCGUAGGAUAUACUGGCAAGUUGUCAGAUUUUAUGGAUGUGGUCAGAUGUGCCCAGAUUUAGGAACGUUGAUGGAUGGAAACGUUAGCUACUGUACGUGUAGUUAGCAGUGGGGACAAAGGCUGUUUUAUCUCCACCCUUUCAUUGAGUGCCAUGCUUUAUGGCAUUUUACUGAGGAAGUAUUCAGAUUCUAACAGAAAUAGUUGCUUUCUACUGAUUAAUGUACAACGUAUAUAUGCUGAAACUAUCAUUAGGGAGCAUUAGAAAACAUUCAGCUUUGUGGCAGUCAUUCUUCUACUGUCAUUUUCGAGACAUUUAUGGACUUUUAGUACCAUUACCGGCAAAAGGAAUGGCCUUUUGCAUUGAAAAACUUUGUGGCCAAAAUUCCAGUUUUUGUAACUGCUGCUUAUACAGUAUGCAAAUGUACAAAUCUAUAAUUACCUGGAAAAUUUGAUUUAGGAUUAUUGUCAAGUGAUAAAACAUUCUACCAGCUGCCUAAACCCCAUAACUAAUACUGCUUUGGUGCCAAAAGGAUGCUUCAGCUGGAAGGUUCCAAGUGUUCUGGUAUGAUACAUGUAGGUCAGUGUGUAGGGGAAAACAACAGAAACUUAUCUUACCUAACUGUGAAAAACUUGACUUUCUCCUUGCUAACUCAUGCCUACAUGUAUUGUUGACAUUGUGGUGUAUGGUUAGCUGGGGGUGUUAGGGCCCUGUCACAUUUGUUGUUUAUGAUUGUGUCAGAUUGUUGUAUAAUCACAAACUAAGACCAUUCUUGAGUUGUCUUGCAUGUAUCAUACAAAAUUCAUUUGACAGAAAAGGCUGUCUUAGAUCCUUAUCUGCUGGAAAAUUCUACGGCAUCAAGAUCGUACGAAGACCUAUGACUAAUGUGACUGCGCCGUACUGGUAAUGCUCUAAUAACUGGUGUUCAUUUUACACACUGUGUAAUGGUCAAUUCCCCAAAGAUGCAUUACACUGACUGGAAACUCCUUAGCAGAAUUCUUGCAAAGCUGGCCAAACAGAAAUGUAUGUUUUCCAGGGACUCUUUGUAAAGUUUUACUAAGAACAGAGGUGACAAUACUAGACGUGAUGUUAGUGCUUGGCAGAGAAAUGUACUUAUUACUGCUGUUACGAUCAUGAUAUCUGGAGUAGCUGUGAUUAUAUGGAAACAUGCCAUGACCAAACAGUGUUACAUAAUUACAAGUAUGGUCAAAACUUGAACUUCACCACACUGACUGUUGCAGCGUCUACAUGACGCUACAGAAACUAGUGAAGGAAUUGGAAAAUAUUGACUGGAGAAUUCUCAACAACUGCGGCAAAUUUUUACAUGAAUUUUGGAUGAUCAUGAUGCUUUAGUGUGAUGAGAGGGUAGCUGCCAUACCUGUAUUUCCUGGUGAAUAUAGAUGUAGGAAAAGAUGGUUGUAGUUGUUUAAUUCAUCUACAUGUCUUUUCUAGAGUGCAUGCUUCUGAGAAUAGAAGGUCAUAAAUAAAUUGGAAAAAAAAUAUCUACUGAUUUAACUCAGGAUGAAAUGUGAUGAAACCCCAUCAAAAUGAUGUAUUUUCUCUAGGUGUGAACAGUUAAUGAGUCAGUAUAAUAAUAAUCAAGUAUUUCAGACAGGUUAAUCUGUUUUUAGGCCACAGGUAUUAAAUAGCAUGUUCAAGGUAUAUGUAGAUGCUUGUAUGCAACCAGCAUAAUACUCUGCUUGCCUGUAGAUGUUCAGAGAUAUACAUAGGAUGUUUCAUGGCAUUCAAAGUCUGACCUAGUUUGGUUUUGUUCUUAUCGACGUGUCAUUUUUUCUGUAAGGAAGGCUAGUACAGUUGGCUCCCCAAACUUGUGAUGGCAAAAAGCUCACUGGUUAAACAAGAAGUCGGUGGAACAAACCAAAGGAUUUUGGGUACACGGAAUCCUUGGCCAUAAUCUGUUCCAUAGAAAGGAAGGUCAUCUGUUUUAAGGUUGAAAAGGUCAAAGGCCUUCGCUUCUUAACUCACAAAAGUUGGGAAUGCUACACUGUAUGCCUUUUUGCUGUUACAAAGUGUGCCAUAUAACUUGUACAACCUUUCUUGUGUACACCUCUGCAGGGGAAUUUAUAGGACAACUACAAAGGGUCCAGCAACUUAAAUGAAGAUGUAAUAUAUACCGAUAUGUAUAUGCAAAUGACCACACUAUGAUUAUAUUAGUCCUGUAUCUAUGUGUACCUAUAAUUUUGAGGAUCACGUGACUUGUGGGCAGAUUUUGACUGUUAAGAAGAAAAAAGAAACAAGCAUGCAAACAGCACAGUAACCUACAGGUAGGUGUGGUCUAUUUCAUCAGUAUACAGAGGCAUGUACAUAAGCAUAUCUCAAAUCUGUAAAUGUAGAAGUUGUUCCUACCACUUUGUGUUUUCCCAGAUGUCACCAAGCUUGUUUUGAGACGUAAUAAAUAAAAAGAUGAA